CACUACCCCAGGAACAACCAUAUACGCAAAGGGUUCGCUGUCACACCCGUGAGUCGAGUCGUGCGCCAUCCAAAAACUCUUGACAGCUUGUUCGAAGGCCUUUAAAUCAGCAUAAGAAUAGCUGGGUACCGCGUAUCAGCUGUCAACUCCUGAAUAGCAGCCAUUCUUGACCAACUUCAAUUUAAGCCACACACGGUUUCGUCCUUGCACCAUGUUCGAAGAACAGAUUGUUGCCUUUGAAGCUGGCGAGGGCUUCAGCCUUGUUGGUGCUGACCUUAUUGUUGAUGACGAGGACUACAAGGGCGUGCACAUAGCUGUCGAGGCGUUGACAGCAGACUUCGACAAGGUGACCGCCCAGGGAAGGCAUCAGAAGGUGGACCGGUCGGCACGAAAGUCCUCCAAAGUUUGCAUUAUUGUAGGAACUCUGGAAAAAUCCUCCACGAUCCAGUCCUUGGCAGAUGCGGGCAAGAUCAAUGUCUCCGACAUCCAAGGGAAGUGGGAAUCGUGGAUCACCUCAUGCGUCGAUGAGCCACUGGAUGACUACGAUUAUGGCCUGGUCAUUGCUGGUAGUGACAAGCGAGGUGCAAUAUUUGGUGCAUACUCACUCUCGCAGCAAAUUGGAAUCUCUCCCUGGCAUUGGUGGGCUGACGUUCCGCCCAAGCAGCACUGGGAGAUAUAUGCCCUUCCAGUGACGACAAAGAAUGGAGAACCCAGUGUGAAAUAUCGCGGCAUCUUCAUCAACGAUGAGGCUCCGGGCAUGGACACGUGGUUUGCCGAGUACUUCGGUCCGUCCAACCAGUUCGAUACCAGGGUCUACAAGCACAUCUUCGAGCUCCUCCUCCGUCUCAAAGCCAACUUCUUGUGGCCGGCCAUGUGGCGAGGGUACCCUCAGCCAGGACGAUCAUUCUUUGUCGACGACCCGGAGAACCAGAAGACCGCGGAUGACUACGGUAUCGUGGUAGGGACCUCACAUCACGAGCCUAUGCAGCGAGCCAUGAACGAGUGGUCGGCCAACGAGCCUGGUGGCACGUGGCGCUGGGAUACCAAUCGCGAAAAGAUCACGGACUAUUUCGAGUUUGGCGCAGAGCGAGCUGUCCCUUAUGAGUCCUAUAUCACAAUGGGCAUGAGAGCUGAGGGCGACGGCGCACUUAGUAGCGAUGAUCCCAUUGCCACGCUGACCGACAUCUUGAAGGUCCAGCGUGGCAUUAUCAAAGACAAGUACGGCAAAAAAGACGGCGAGAUGCAGCUGAUGGCGCUCUACAACGAGGUUCAACGUUAUUAUGAGCAGGGCCUGGAGAUUCCAGAUGACAUGACAUUGUUGUUCGCUGAUGACAACAAUGGUUCUCUCAGAAGGCUCCCGACUGCGGAGGAGAGGAAGAGAAAAGGAGGCCUAGGAUAUUACUACCACUUCCAGUACACUGGAGGUCCUCGGAGCUAUCGCUGGAUGAACAGCAACACUUUGGGGAAAGUGUGGCACCAACUGCGACUUGGCUACGAUCAGGGUGCCACUCAAAUUUGGGUCUUCAAUGUGGGAGACCUGAAGCCUCAAGAGCUCCCCUUGAGCUUUGCAUUUGACUUUGCCUGGGACAUUGACUCCAUUCCUGCGGAUGGGUUCCCCAAGUUUUUCAAAAAGCUUGCCGAGCGGGAAUUUGGCGACAAGUAUGCGCAGAGAAUCGCGGACCUUUGGUAUGGCUUCGAACGGCUCAUAGCACUGCGAAAGCACGAACAGAUUGAGGCCGAGACAUUCUCGGUGCUCAAGUAUCGUGAGGCUGAGACCAUCGUCGGCCGGUGGGCAGAACUCACCAAGGAAGCCGAAACCAUUUAUGCUGAGAUUUCUUCGGUCCAGAAGCCAGCUUUCUUCCAGCUUGUUGUCCACCCUAUCAAGGCCUCCUACAUCUACAACAACUUGCGCAUGACCCAGACCAAGAAUCGACUCUACGGGAAGCAACGACGCAAUACCACGAACCCCCUUUUACACGAGUGCCUGCGUCUCUUCGACGCUGACGAUGUCCUCACUCGUGAAUAUCACUCCCUGCUGGAUGGCAAAUGGAACCAUAUGUUGCGUCAGCCCCAUUAUGGCUAUGGCUCCAAUGUCAUUGGUCCAUCGCGGGACAUGAUCGAUGGGCUAUCAUGGGUCAGAGCCAAUGUCGACUCGAAUCCCAGUGUUGGUCAAAUGGGCGUGGCAGUCGAGGGCCACACCGGCGUCAACCCCGGCAUCAUCAACGAAGACGUUGACCGCACACAUCCUUCCCGUCUGUGGCUGGAACCUGGUGUUACUCUCCGGCCCAUGAGCCCUUAUGGACCUCAGGAUCAGUACUUUGAAAUCUUCCAUCGCGGUACCAAGGGGUUCACAUGGGAGGCCAAGCCGCAAUACGGGUGGCUUAAGCUAACGCAGUACAGCGGCACGCUGAACCCUGACGACGAAGACAUACGGAUUCACGUCACGGUCGACUGGAAGGAUGUGCCCGACAAGUUUGACGAGAAGAUCUUUAUCGAAAUCAUCGGAAGUGUCGAUGGAUACGAGAAGGUCAGGAUGCAAGUGCGAAAGUAUCAGGCUCCUGAGGGCUUCACUGGCUUCGUCCAAAAUGACAGCUACGUGUCCAUCAACCCUGGAAAGUGGGUUACGGCGCCUUAUAUCCAACUGCCCAUCCUCGGUCGUCAGGACGGUGGCUCGGUCACGCUGCCCAACAGCUAUGACUUUAGUAAGCCAAAGGCCAUCCCCUUCCUCAAGUACGAUAUGCACACGUUCACCACGGGCGACAACGCGAGUGUUGAGGUACAUUUCCACAUGACGCUGGAGGCAGACCCGAACAGUAAGAUGCAGUACGACACUCGCUGGGAUGGCGGCGAUAUAUCGACUCACCGCAUGACCAAGGAUGGCUCAGGCUCGUAUCCCAACGGCUGGACAUCGGCAGCUCAAAACUACGUCUGGAAGAACAGACAUAAUGUCGGCAAGGUGAAGCCCGGCAGCCACACUUUUGAAAUCCGCUUCCGCAGUUUGAACGUGGCCAUGGAGAAGAUUGUCCUGGACCUUGGCGGCACAGAAAUGAAGUAUCUCGGACCCCCAGAGAGCGAUCAUGUCUCGUAUGUGAAGCAACAGAGCGUGCCGCGCGAGGAGGGCUUGACGGAGUUUUCGAACCUGAGGAUUGCGAUUCAUAUGAAGACUUUAUCAAUGUGAAUGUGUUUCUCUAGCCGUGAGCUAAACGUACAGG